AUGCCCCCCAAACCUGCCAAAAGUGAUCCCUCGCAACCAGACGUUCUAUGGUCAAAGGGGUACAAUUUGGAGAAAUUUGAAGAGAACAAGGAUAAGUUUCCUCCUACACUCAAGAUUGACAAGGGGGCAUCAAAGUGUUUCUUUGAGGUCUAUAGUCAGUGCCUCGCAGCAUUACAAAUGGCACCGCUUCCCUGUCUUCAACUUGCUCUCAAAACAAUAAAGCCUUGUGAACAUAUUCACAUUCACUCUCAUGAUAUUGACAGCGCGUCUGCAACCGUUAUCGGGUAUGCAUUAACAGAAGCAGCAGAUGUUAGGGCGCUCACAUUGACAGAUGUACUUUUGGAUUCUGAAGCAAUCUUCGGAUUUGCUAAAUCCAAUCCAAAUAUAAUGAGUUUAUCAUUUGAACGCAUGUGUAUCAGCUCUGCCCUUUUAGAUAUGCUCUUCGAAUCCUUGGGCUCUACACCGUUUGUCAGAAAACUCUCAUUCCGUCAAUGCAAGUUCCUAGACUUCGAUAAGCUGUGCAAAUAUAUAUCCAGUCCACAAGCGUACGCUAUAACUCAUCUGACAAUAGCAAACUGCAGCCUAGGGACAACUGAACUGACUGCCCUAACAAAUUCGCUUGCUGUUAGCGAGUCAACGUUCACACUAGAUGCAUAUGAUGCGCUCGAAUGCCUCAUGCAUAAAAACUGUGGAGUUAAGUUCUUAAACCUUGAGGAUAAUGAAUUAGACUCAGAUCAGGUAAUUCUGUUGUUAGAGUCCCUAUUCAAGAAGCGCCAACUAAAGUCCCCAGAAAUCCAGCUAGCAUUUGUGAAAAAAGAGCUAUGCUACGCAUUACUCAAUGCUAUCCUUCUGCAGGACUGUCCACUCGACUUACCAGGCACUAUCAGAAAAGUAGGUCGAAUUCUUCCUUCAUUCGAAUCCGCCACAGAGACCUUAGCCACCAAGAUAGCUGACAUAGUAUCUGCCGGAAAGUCUCUCUGUUAUCCACCAGCCAACACGGCUGGUGGAUCUGCUGCUAAGGCGAAGCUGAAAGACGAUGCCCCGCAACCACUCAUGAUGGCCAACACUGUUAGGGAAUUUGUACAAAGUAUACACCGAAGCAAGUCACUCAUAGACAUUACUGAUGACGAGCUGCAUGUAAUAGCCGUUGCCUUGCCUCCAUCAAAUCUGCAAUCAGUAUCCUUUGAAUACAGUCAGGUAGGAGAGUAUGUGACACCGAACAAUUCUAUACUCGGGAUAAAUCUUAAGGGAAAUGAGAUCGACCUAGACGAUGUAGCAACUGUGAAGAGACUAGAAGGACUAUUGCAGCAUACAUCGCUUUGCUAUUUGGGAACGGAUGCCAAGUUGUCAUAUGCAGAUGAGCAGACAGGAGGAGAAGAGCAAGUCAAGAAGGAAGACGUGCUCGCACUUAUAUUUGAGGAGAAUCGGCGGCGGAUGAGCUCUCUAGAGCAGCCAUACCUUUAUGAACCUUGCUCUGGUGUCCCGGCGAAAAAGAAGUAA